AUGGCUACCGAUAGACUGCCACUACACCUUUGCAAUUCAAUAAAACAGUACUGGGUAAAUAUAGUGAUUCAUUUAAAGCAUACAAUAGAUUUAAUAAAGAGGGAUACGCAAGUGAAGUUAAAGAAGAAAUUGAAUUUAGACGUGAAGGAGAGAUUCAAAUUAGUUUUACUGUUAGUAUUAUUGCUGACGCAAAACUCGAGCGGAAAUAACUUCGGCGGUAGAAAUUCGAUGCUGAGGACCAGAGUGAUUGGCACGAGAUACGGCAAACUCCAGGGUGUUAUACUGCCGAUGGAUCAACAUAAAUAUUUGAAGCCAGUUGAGGCGUACCUAGGUGUACCAUACGCUACUCCUCCAACUGGUUCUAACAGGUUUGCACCAACAAGAGCACCAGCGCCCUGGGACGACGUAAAAACAGUAGACCAAAUGGGCCCAGUGUGUCCGCAAAAGUUGCCAGACAUCAGCAACGAAACCUUGGUCUUAGAGAAGAUGCCAAAAGGAAGAUUAGAGUAUCUCAGGAGAUUGCUGCCUCGAUUAAAGAAUCAAAGCGAGGACUGCUUGUACAUGAAUAUUUACACGCCUGUUCAAGUCGGUCCGACUUUGCAAGCGAAGUAUCCUGUUGUUGUCUUCAUACAUGGUGAAUCAUUCGAAUGGAAUUCUGGUAACGUGUACGACGGUGCCGUUCUGGCGAGCUAUGCUGGUGUCGUCGUUAUCACCAUUAACUACAGGCUUGGUAUACUUGGCUUCCUCAAUGCCAACCCAAUCCCUCACUUGAAGGCAAGAGUAGCCAACUAUGGUUUGAUGGAUCAAAUAGCUGCUCUUCAUUGGGUGCAGCAAAACAUAGCACUAUUUGGCGGAGAUGCUGGAAAUGUUACGAUGCUUGGACACGGCUCUGGUGCAGCAUGUAUUAAUUUCCUCAUGAUAUCUCCAACCGUAAUGCCUGGUUUAUUUCAUCGUGCUAUACUUUUAUCUGGAUCGGCAUUGAGCUCUUGGGCCUUAGUAGAAGACCCCGUCAGCUUUUCACUUCAACUAGCCAAACAAUCUAACUGCACUCUGCCAGAGGAUAUAGUGAAAGACCAUGAACUAAUUGUGGAUUGUCUCCGAGAAGUACCACUCGAAGAACUCAUGUCUGCCGAAAUUAGUACACCAAGUUACUUGACAGCUUUUGGGCCGUCCGUAGAUGGUGUUGUCGUCAAAACAGACUAUGCUAAAGAACUGCUAACAUUUUUUAUACCGAACGACCUUCAAGGUUUCACUAGUGUAUCCGGAGUUAACAAUUUCAAAGCGGAUAAAAGGAGCGGCGAUAGGAUAUUCGGGAUCAGGGGAGGUCAAAAUAAAUACGAUCUGCUAUUCGGAGUGGUUACUAGUGAGGCCCUUUGGAAAUUCUCGGCUCAGGACAUACAAAACGGAUUUGAGGGCGAGAGGAGGGAUAGAAUAAUAAGAACGUACGUGAGAAACGCCUACACAUAUCACUUAAGUGAAAUAUUCUUCACAAUUGUCAACGAAUAUACGGACUGGGAGAGAACUGUCCAGGUGAGAAUAUCAUAGGAAUUAAUUGAAAUGUGAUUUAGAUGAUACGUUAAAUGAGGACACAGACUAAAUAUGCA